CCGCCAAAUUGAUAGCGCACCAGUGAAUCAACGGGGAAAAAUAAAGAUCAUAAGAAGAUUUUCCCUCCAAAAUUUGAGUGCAUCAAAAUAGGUUGUAAAGCCCAUAAAAUGAUAAAAUCACUCUUUGCUUCAUGACUUUGCCACUCCCCUCAACAAUUGUAUUUGUGUGCAAACCAAUAGUUUCAAAUACCAACUUUGAACUCUCUGUGAUGGAUACGAACGACCCUUUGGAUUUUGAGGUUGAAGACGACCUUCUCAAAUGCCCUCCAAUUAACAAUAUUAUUAAAAGGAAGAAAAUUAUUGGGUUGGAUGAUCUUCUUAAAGAUCAUUACAUAGAACAGGGCAAGCUUUUAGAGAAGAGGAAAAAGCAGAAAAAGAAGGCAAAGAAGAUUGAAAGUUCCUAUGAUGAUGAAGAUAGCAAGGAAGCUAGGUUGACUAGGAUUGUUGAGAAAUGUCACAAUCAGUUGACAGCUUUUGGUGAAGAACAAGAAAUUUCACCUUGGGGAGUAAAAGUUUUUGGAGAUAAGAAAGCCUUCCCCUCUCUAGAGUCUCCUGAUGUUGGAAGUUGUAACCUUUUUCAGUCCUUUUUGAACAACUGUCUAAAUUCAGUGGUUGAAUUGACUGCGGACAAAGGAGAUAUUUUUCUUGAAGGGUUACUAGUCAAUGGUUGGCUUUCAAAAUUAGCUUUUCUGUGUGGUCAUGUAGAAAAGCCAGUAGCCGUUUGGGCCUUCAAGACAAUGUUAUAUUCAUCAAAAGAAGAGCUCCACAAUUCUUCCAGCGAAUUUUGGUGUGCAAUUCUCUCUUCUGAAAAGGAGGUUGAUCAAGCACUGGUCAAAAUUGAUUGGUUUCCUGAAUAUAUGGAUUUAAGAAGAGCUCUUGACAGUUAUGGGUUUCUCUUUAAAUUUUCAUCCAGUGCCGAGCCUAAUAAUUUAGAUUCUGACAUUGAAGGACCUCCUCAAAACAUUAGAGCUUGGAUCAGAUUUGUCUCUGCUUGUUGUCUGAUAAGGAGUAAAAAGGCUAUCUUCUCCACUGUAGAAGCUGAAGAGAUAGUUGAAAUUAUUAUUUGUCUGUUCCUAGAUCGCCAAUUUCAGGGUUUGUUGGUGCUUUUGAAUGACUGCAUGGAAGUGAUUGUCAAUUACUUUACAGACCAGGAAUGGUGCUCAAGUUGUGAGAACGUAGCAAAAUUCAUUGCUUGCAGAGUCUCAAAGGAUUUGAAUUGCAUCCGGACUAUUGAAUGUAUUUCAGAAGCUAGCUCUCGUUGCAAGCAACUUAGGAGUGCUGUUGCAUAUCAAACACUGCUUUCUUGUUUUGAUGGAGUCUACAGUGGAGAAGAGAUCCUCAGAUCACUUACAGAAAUUAAUUUCAAAGACAACAGUUGUGAUUUCUACAGGAUGUAUAUUAACUUAGUUUUGACCGAGAAUUGGGUUUUGUCCAACUCAUUAAUUGAAGACAAUCCUGUAAUCUAUGAGAUGUUCUCUCUUUAUCUUCGACAUUGUUCUACCUUGAUUUCAGCCACAAACCUACGAUCAUAUGCAUCAAAGGUUCGUCAUAGGGCUUCAUAUCUUCUGCACUUCUCCAUCUACAAAUAGUUUCAGAACAGAGAAUCAGAUAAAUCAGCUGCAUAGUUACUCUUGGGCAGUAGCCUAAAUGGCCAAAUUUUGAAGGGUUAGGAAUGCCGUGUUGCUUUGGCACCUAUCAUAUUUUGACUACACAUCAGAUUCUUCAGACUCCCAGAAUGCACUCAUCUUAAGGAGAUGUUUUGAUGCCAUUCUAGUGGCAAAAAUGAGGGGGUUGUUUUUGCUUCUUGCUGCUGCUGGUAUGAAUCAAGAUUUGUAGCAAAAAUGAGUUGUUUAAAUUGCUACGUGCUAACAUGUAAUAACCUUUCUCACACAAAAUUUACAUGUAAUGACAUGUGUUUGUGCCCCUUAUGUUAAAGUCCAACAGUAUCCUAUAGUAGUAUUGAAUGCCCUAAGUACCCUAUCUUCAGUAGUUUCUUUGGUGCCUGUUUCUUAUAUCAAGUCAAUGCUCCUAGCAGCAAAGGUGUGGAAACUGCAAACUACAGACAAGUAACUUAGUGUUAACUGAUUAGUGGUGCUGGAUCCUUGAUCUCCAAAACAAACAAGUUUUGGUUAAUUUUUAAAGCAAAUUAUACUCUUCCCUUUGAGAGCUUUA